CGCCUUCGAAGCGUAUCGCACGCAUGCUGCAAGAUUUUAGAGUUUAAGCUGAGAAAAAAAUAUAUAGAACAGCGUUGCGAUAUAUUCAGCCACAUCGCGGGGUCGCAUGCAGCUCAUUUAUGGGGGCCAGCCGUUCAUCUUUGAGAAGACUCUAAAGCUGUCCACGGGCGAGGAGAAGCGCUAUUGGCGCUGCAAUCAAUGGUGGAAUCAAAAGUGCCGAUCCAGAGUGUUCACAAUCAAUGACAUUGUCUGUCCACUGAAUCGCUUCCACACGCACGAGGAGAUUGUGCGAAGAAAGAAGCGAGUGAGGCGCAUCCAACCCGCGCAGGAGCAGAGCAAUGCGAAUGCCAAGGUUUAUACCACAACAGCCUCAGCUAGGCAGGAGCAGCAGCAACAGCAGCAACAGGUGCAGCACGACCAACAGCAACAACAGCAGCAUCUUCACCAUACCCAGCAGCUGUCCAGCGAUGCUAUGCUGGGCACCACGCUGAGUGAUGAAGCAGCGGGCACUAUCGACGUCAAUGAUCUUGGCAUGCAUUUAAAGUACGAGGAGAUAGUGGCCGAUGUAACGGGCAUUGUGGGAGGGCACACGCACGCACGUGUGCUGACCCGCAAAAAGUGAAUGAGAGCUGGAGGAAGUGGAGGUGUCUGUAGUUCGUAAUGAUUCAAUUGUCUAUUAAUACAUUCAAGCUUCUAUAGUGCAUAUACACAUUCAAGUAAACGCAAUUUUAAUAAACUUAGCUAAGGCUUCAACAGCAACCAAGUAAUUCGAUAUACAUAUAU